AAUCCCAUAUAUAUACUAUAAAAAAAACACGUGUUUUUUUAUAGUAUAUAUAUGGGAAUUUUUUUUUAAUCGUUAUUUUUUUGUUUUGGAUAUAAUUUCAGGUUCCUGUGGUUAUUUAAUACAACCAGAAAGCAUGACAAAUUGACUGGAUUAAAUACAUGUAGAUGAAGAAUUACGGCGUAUUUGGUGGAGGUAUUAUAACAAAGUAAAGACAUUGUAGGAUAAGACUGAGUUGGUACGAUGGCUGAAGUAGACGGUCGUACGGCUAUAACUGACAAUGACAUUGUUUGUACCCCUUGUUUUGAGGAUGAUAUUCGAGAACCAGCUGUGAAAUAUUGUCCUGAAUGUCAGGAUUUUUUGUGUACAGGAUGCAGUCUACACCAUGGAAGACAGAGGUUGAGCCGUUCUCAUAAGCUUGUGGACAAGAAUGAAGCAAAACAAGGGUCACAUGUGACCGUGACAGCAAAAUGUUUAUAUCACCGAGAUCGUAACAUAGAGAUGUACUGUGAAGAGCAUGACAUGGUUUAUUGUUUAAAGUGUAUUGCUACAGACCAUAGGUCCUGUAAGGGAGUGACAGGUUUAGACGACUUAUCAGUUUCUACUGAUCAGAAAAGAGAAACAGAACGUUUAAAGGCUGACAUUAUGAACACCAAAGAACGUUUAGAAAAUACUGAUCAGAAAACGAAAACGAACCUGAAAAGCAUAGAGGAACAUAGAAAUGAAGUCAUUACGCAAAUAGAGGCACUUGCGCGCGGUUUGGUAGAACAUAUCCACAAGUUGGAGCGUGAAGCUUUGGAAGGCCUUGAUGCAAAAUAUAUUUUGGUCAAAGAAGAACUGGAGACAAAUAUGUCUAAGUUAAGUAAAGCUAAAGAAGAGGUUGAGCAGGUAAGAAGCAAGCUACAAGGCAUGGACAGUCUGGAUAAAAUACAACAAUUUGUUCAGACAAAACUAACACAGCAAACCUUAAACGAUGCAGUAAAAGUACUUGAACAAAAUGAAGCUAAGGGAAUUCAAUCAUUGCAUUUAAAGGAAAAUACAGAAUUAAAGUCCUUAGUCAGUUCAUCAACAUGUUUAGGGUCUGUACAAAAGAUACGAGAAAGCAAAAGACUGCCGACAUCAAGGACGUAUAAAGUACGUUCACAGAAGGAGGAAAGUAUCCGCAUGAAAAACGACAAGAUCGGUCCCUACAUCUGUGAUGUAUGUCAGCUUCAAGACGGUACAAUCAUAUUGGCCGAUAACAAUAAUAUGAGGAUAAAGAGGCUUGGUGUAAAUUAUAACAUUAAAGAUUAUUUUGAUCUAGAAUCAUAUCCUUCAGGUAUCUGUUGUACUGGUAAUACUGAGGUCGCUGUGAAACUGUACCACAACAAAGUUUGUUUUAUAUCAGUAGGAAGCUCAUUAUCUAAGGUGAGAGAUAUAUCUGUUACAGGUGGACGUUACUUGGGAAUGACAUAUUGUGCUGGAGAGUUAUGGGUAUCUGAUGUAAAUGGUGUAAAUGUGUACAGUAUGACCGGUACAUUAUUAAAAUAUGUCAUUUCUGAUGUCAAUAUCAAACCUAUGUUUAAGUCAACUCCGCAUCAAAUGGUUGUCAGUGAAGGGAAUGUUUUUGUAACAGACAACAGUGAUGGUGCUGUCUGUUUGACAAGAGAUGGAACGGUGAAAGGAGAACUGAUAGAUAAAAGGCUUGCUGAAACACGUGGUGUAUGUGUAUCAAAUGAUGGGACUGUGUUUAUUUCUGGGUUUAACUCAGACAGCAUCAUGAUGUUUGAUAGCGAAAGAAAAUGCCUUGGAGAAUUAGUUUCCAAAGAGUCCGGUCUACUAAAACCAGUAUCAUUAUUGUUCGAUGACAAAAGAAAUUGUUUAGUUGUUGGAUGCUUUUCUGGCAAAAUUAUAGUUUAUUAUAUCUGACAAUUCAAAAAAUAGUUUGUGCUUUGUUGUUAUGUUGCACAAUGAUUUGAAAUGCUACAUGUGGAGAGAAUGUUUAACAGUAAUAUGAUCAAAUAUAUCAUAUUCAACAGUCAGCCUCUACAUACAUUUACUUUCCAUGUCAAUGUAUGAUAAUAUCUAAACACUUAAUGUGUUAAAUCACUAACACACAAUCCAUACAAUAUGUUCAGCUUUGCUAUGUUGUUAGGCUGUUGGUUUUGCUGUCCAGUUUAUGUCAUUUAUAUAUUGAUUAUGAAGACAUGGGCCUGUGUGUUUCUGUACAUAUAUGUAUGCUAUAAAAAGCGUAGUAGAUGGUCAAUAUGUCCACAUGCCUUUUGUUAGAUAAAUCUAUUUAUCUCUCUUUGUCAAUAUUUAGAUUUUGAUUGAGCAUUAGAAUGUUUAUAUAUUUAAAAGUAAUGUAUAAAAUUGUGUCAAUUCUUUAAUGAAAGAAAGAAUAAUAAUUAGAUCUAUUAAACUUUUGUUCUCGGAAAUCUUGUAGUUGUUUUUAUCUAACUAUCUAACUUUCCAUCAAUAGGGCAUCACUGCUUUUUUACUGCAGCUAAAUCAUUUUAUAAAUAAUAACCGUGAUGUCAUCAUUUCACAAAUACCUUUUCCCCAGUGGAGCUAUUAGACGAAAUAUUUGCUUUCAUGGUAUGUGAUGUCUAGUAUUAUACACUUCAAACGGCAACUUUCUGACUUCUAAUGAAGGAACAUAGACAAUAGAUAACCUUAUCGAUUGUUGUGAUUUAACUUUUGGUUAAAACUGUGCAUCAUUCUAUAAGGUAACUAUUAUAAUAAUA